AUGUCUCAGGGAGAACCAUCCACCAACAAAGACUCGGGCUCGCGACCUCAGAAAGAAGAAAAACGCGCGAUGGUUGAGCUCAAGAAUGGAAAAGUGAUCUUCAGACAAAAGCCUAUGGCAUUCGACAAGUCAUCAGAAACCAUGCAAGAGAUCGUUCAGUUUCGAGAAAUGCUCAAAGAGCAUGUAGAUAAUCAGCGACUGCCCCUGACGGCCAUGCCAGACGCGCAUAAACCACUGAUAGCGAAAUUGGCACAUGAGAGUGACAAAACGAUUGCACCAUUGGUCAAGCAGAUACGCUCUGAACUGCUACCUGCAGAAGAAGGGGCUAACGGUCAAAGUAGUGCAGCACUUCCCCCAUCCACCGUCGAAAACGCUGUCAAAGAGAUUCUCGUCAGAAGUAACUACGGAAUAGACGGGCCCCUUGGACAGAAACUGCCCGCUACGAUCUGUGUGUGGCGGUGGGAAGUAAGAGAUGAGUACAAGGAUUGGCUCCCCAAGUCGGCACUAGAGAAAGCUGAAGCUCGACACGCUGAACGUGUCCAGGCGAAACAAGAACUUGCUUCGGUAUUUGACGCAUUGUCACAAGCGGAUCGGGAUACGAUAAUGGAUCCUAAAGGCACUUCGAAGCUCUCGCAAACCGUUAACAAUCCGGGACCCAGUGCAAGUAGUAACUCUUCAGACCACAAGACCAAGCCAGAUCAAGCUACACAAAUAGACGGUAUUGAGAACGAAGUAGAUGCCCAAGCUAAGAAGGUGGAUCCCGUCAAAGUUGCUAAGGCGAAAGAGCGAGAAGAACAAAGGGCUCUAAAAGUCGAAAAGGAAAAGAAACUGCAAGCAGCACAAGAGAAAUCCCGAUCUUUGAUGGCGAAUUUCUUUGGCAAAACUAGAGUUUCCGCCAAACAAGAUUCUCCGAAGACUUCUCGCGUUUCUGCACCAUCAGCAGAAGCAGAGUAUUAUAAGACGUUCAAACCUUUCAUCCUGAAGAAAGGAGCCGAGUUAGCUCCAGUCAACUAUUUCAUGGAACAGAAGAAGCGGAGGAAUACGCGUUCUGGCUCUGGUCAAAGUCAUGCAGAGGCGAUAAUGGUUGACGAGGAUCCUUUCAUCCAGAAAAUUGGAAUGGACAAUCCUGUAGGCGGCACGUCGAUCUCUACAUACAGUGAACGAGAGAGACUGGAGCACACCCUUCGAUUGCUCGAUUCCAGACGUGGUAUCUGUACCUCGGGCAACCUGGGUUCAAGACAUGGCAGUGUACGAGAUGCCAUGGCCCGCAUUGCCGAGGCAGAGGUCGCAGACGAUCCCGCCCAAGUCCGAACCAUCUUGUCUCUGCUUCGCGACCGAGACUAUUUUCCCGCGAAGGUACUCAUUUUCCAAGAAGAUAACCGACCUGGAUACUUCGGGACAUGGACACGACCAACUCAAGUUGUCGGACCACGACGGCCGUUUGCGAAAGACGUCGUGGCACGGGAUUACGGCUACGACAGUGGGGAAGAAUGGGAAGCUGAAGAACCAGGGGAUGCUGAUGACGUCAUGGAGGAUGGUGAAGAUGAUGAAGGAGACGGCGAAGAACCCGAUUCUGACCUCGACAGCUGGCUUGUCGACGAUGAGGAUGUUGAGGAUCCAGGAACUCCGAUUGAAGCUAGAGAUAACUCUCCCCCACUAGACUUUCCCUUACCGCUUCCCAAACGGAAAGAACAUGGAGAUCAUGAUCAACCUACGAAGAAGCGGAGAAUGGUUGUUCCCCUUGUUCCCUUCGCUAAGGGACCAUGCUGGGAACCGGCAAUUGGGGAGUGCGAAUACGAGCCUUUCGAACACUAUCGCAUACAACUGCUUAACGACUGUCCUUGUCCCAUUGAUCCCUUCACUUACAUCUCGACUGCUCUUGAGGAGCGACCACCUGUCAAUUCUGAUGGAAAUACCUUCGUUGUCCCAACAGUACCCAAUAAGGUUGGCGGUGUCGUAUCUCAGGCUAAUGGCGGGGCAAACUCUACAUCCAAGCGCGUGGCCUCUGCCCUCACGCCUAAAACGACCUUCCCAGAUACUUACCUUCCCAUCCUCCUGUCCAAGAUAUCAUCGCUGGCAACGUCAAACCUCACGUUCAUCGUCGAAAGCAUAUACCAGGAACUGAAAGAGAACAAGGUGAAGAAGAACGCCAUUGAAGCAAAGGUGCGAGAGGUUGGCGAGAAGUGUAAAGACCGUAGGAUUUGGAUAGUCAAGGGUAACGGACAGGACGUAGUGAUGACCGCCUAG